UUCAGCGUCUGGUGCCAAGCGCACCACCGCCAGGUUUUCCUCCUGCAAACUGCCUCACCCCGCCAUCAUGAAGAACACGGUAUGUGUUGUCAUUUUGGCGCUGGCCGCCAUCACUACUGCCGAGGAAACGAAGAAUGAUGGCAAGAAGCAGGAAAAGCGAGGACUGCUCGAGCUGGGCUACGGCGGCGGCGGCGGCGGCGGUGGAUUCGGCGGCGGCGGCCAUGGAUAUGGCGAUCUGGGAGGAGGGUACGGGUCGGGCGGAGCCGGCAGUGGUGGAUAUGCUUCGGUUGGAUCCUUCGGCGGUGGCUUCGGUUCGGGCGGAGCUGGCAGCGGUGGCUUCGGUUCGGGCGGAGCUGGCAGCGGGGGCUUCGGUUCGGGCGGAGCUGGCAGCGGGGGCUUCGGUUCGGGCGGAGCUGGCAGCGGGGGCUUCGGUUCGGGCGGAGCCGGUGGCGGCUACGCUCUAGGACCCGGCCAGGUCAGGGCCAUCACGAUCCACCAGGAGGUGCCCGUGGGAGUGCCGCAGCCCGUGCCAUACCCGGUGGAGAGGCCUGUGCCAUACCCAGUCAAGGUGCCCGUGCACGUGCCCGUGGACAGGCCCUACCCCGUCCACGUGCCCAGGCCUGUUCCUGUACCAGUGGAGAAGCCAGUCCCCUACCCGGUGGAGAAGCACGUGCCUUACCCCGUGAAGGUGCCGGUGAAGGUUGCCGUGCCCCAACCGUACCCCGUGCACAUCCCUAGGCCAGUGGCAGUUCCCGUGUCCAGGCCGGUGCCCGUGCCGGUACCUCAGCCCUACUUGGUGGAGAGGACCGUCCCCGUGAUUGUCGAGAGCCAGUCAGCUGGAGGGUUCUCAGGUGGGUCUGGAGGCUUUGGAGGUGGCCUUGGAGGUGGCCUUGGAGGUAACCUUGGAGGUGGCCUUGGAGGUAACCUUGGAGGUGGCCUUGGAGGAGGCUUCGGAGGUGGCUUCGGAGGUGUCGGAGGUGGAUUUGGAAGUUUCGGCGGCGGACACGGUGGUUCUGGAGGCGGGUUCAGCGGACUGGGUGGCGGCCAUGGGGGCUCGUCGUCCUACGGGGGCAUCAGCUCAGGGGGUCACGGAGGAUUCAGCGGCAUCGGCUCGUCCUUCGGGGGAUCGUCGGGAGGCCACGGCGGCUCGGGCAGCAGCUACAGCAGUGUCGUGUCCCACGGCGGGUACGGAAGUGCUGGCGGCAGCAGUUUGGGAGGAGGAUAUGGCGGAUAUCACCAUGGUUAAUGUGUAUUUGUCAGCUUGAAACUCGUCUUUCUUUGUACUUUACUUUUGUAUAAAUUUUCACAUGCAUUUGUCAUAAAAUAAAUGAACUAUAGAAACCUA